AUGUCGCUAUCCAUUUGCGCCCAGCGUAAAUGGGCCGAGGCACAACGUGAGGCUGACUCUUGGUGCCGCAAAUAUGCUGGUCUCCGUGCUGCCUACUCGGUGGAAUUGGCCCGUCUUACAGGACAAACGGACAAGAGUCAUAGCGUUAUUGACAGUCUGGCGUCGGCAUCGUCUAGACCUCUCAAUCGGACGCAUAGCGAAGCAGAAAAUACCUUUCUCCAGUCUCAUCGGCCCUCCGAAACACAACUACAAAUUUCACCCCAUCAUAAUCAGAGUAAACUGAGGCAUCAGACUCAAGUCGAAGCAACUCGGCGACGUAGUGUCGGAGAGGCGCUAUUGACGAAUCAACCGGUACAGGAAGAAAAUCAUGAGGAUUCUCUUAGCUAUAAAACCGAUUCGCUUUCUGAGCAGCAAACCGAUGAGGAAUCUCCCCAGGCUAUUUUAUUUUCAAGUGCAGAAGCCUAUAACGAGAUUCGAAAUUGGGUUUUACGGAUUUUAACAGACGAAAACGGGUCAAAACAAUUUUUAAUAGAAUUCCGAUCUUCUUAUGAGGGGCAAAUUCCGCUAGAUGUACAGUUCCAGGUGGCGCCAGUGCAAGCUUCACAAGUUGUGUUGUCCCGUUAA